AUGGGAUGGGGUUGCCACAGCAACAGACUGGACGUCACAAUCCGGGCAUGUGUGCCGCCCCCCCGCCGUGCCGCCGUGCCGCCGGCGCUGCCGCCGCCACCCUCGGCCGGCUGCGGGACUCGGGCUGCGGGGCGCGAAGAAGAAGAUGGGGGCCUCGGAGGCUUUGAUGACUAUUUCCCUGAGGAGCCCGUGGGCCUUCCCAAGAAGAAGAAAUCCAAGAAGCUCAAGGAGAACCGGUCCAAAGGGAAGCGGAAGAAGAAAGAGGGGAGCAAUGAUGAGCUGUCAGAAAAUGAAGAGGAUCUGGAAGAGAAGUCGGAGAGUGAGGGCAGUGACUACUCCCCUAAUAAAAAGAAGAAGAAAAAGCUCAAGGACAAGAAGGAGAAAAAAGCCAAGCGAAAAAGGAAGGAUGAUGACGAGGAUGAUAAUGACGACGGGUGUCUAAAGGAGCCCAAGUCCUCGGGGCAGCUGAUGGCCGAGUGGGGCCUGGAUGACGUGGAGUACCUGUUCUCGGAGGCGGACUACCACACGCUGACCAACUACAAGGCCUUCAGCCAGUUCCUCAGGCCGCUCAUUGCCAAGAAGAACCCGAAGAUCCCCAUGUCCAAAAUGAUGACCGUUCUGGGAGCCAAGUGGCGGGAGUUCAGCGCCAACAACCCUUUCAAGGGGAGCUCGGCAGCAGCAGCUGCAGCGGCGGUGGCCGCGGCCGUGGAGACCGUCACCAUCGCCCCUCCGCUGGCCAUCAGCCCCCAGCAGGCACCCCAGCCUGUACCUAUCCGCAAGGCCAAGACCAAGGAGGGCAAGGGGCCAGGAGUGAGGAAGAAGAUCAAAGGGUCCAAGGAUGCGAAGAAAAAGGGCAAGGGGAGAAAGGUAGCCGGGCUCAAGUUCCGCUUUGGAGGGAUCAGCAACAAGAGGAAGAAAGGCUCCUCGAGCGAGGAAGAUGAGCGGGAGGAGUCAGACUUCGACAGCGCCAGCAUCCACAGCUCCUCCAUGCGCUCUGAGGGCUCCACAGCCCUGGGGAAGAAGAGCAAGAGGCGGCGCAAGAAGAAGAGGAUUGACGAUGGUGAUGGCUACGAGACGGACCACCAGGACUACUGUGAGGUGUGCCAGCAGGGCGGGGAGAUUAUCCUGUGUGACACCUGCCCGCGGGCCUACCACCUCGUCUGCCUUGAUCCAGAGCUGGAGAAGGCUCCCGAGGGCAAGUGGAGCUGUCCCCACUGUGAGAAGGAGGGGAUCCAGUGGGAGCCGAAGGACGAUGAGGACGACGAGGAGGAGGGCGGCUGCGAGGAGGAGGAGGACGACCACAUGGAGUUCUGCCGCGUGUGCAAGGACGGGGGUGAACUGCUCUGCUGCGACGCGUGCCCCUCCUCCUACCACCUGCACUGCCUCAACCCGCCGCUGCCCGAGAUCCCAAACGGUGAAUGGCUCUGCCCGCGCUGUACUUGCCCCCCGCUGAAAGGCAAAGUCCAGCGGAUCCUACACUGGAGGUGGACAGAGCCCCCUGCCCCCUUCGUGGUGGGGCUGCCGGGGCCCGACGUGGAGCCUGGUGUCCCCCCACCCAAGCCCCUGGAGGGCAUCCCGGAGAGAGAGUUCUUUGUCAAGUGGGCUGGGCUCUCCUACUGGCACUGCUCCUGGGUGAAGGAGCUUCAGCUGGAGCUAUACCACACGGUCAUGUACCGCAACUACCAAAGAAAGAACGACAUGGACGAGCCGCCGCCCUUUGACUAUGGCUCUGGCGAUGAGGAUGGCAAGAGCGAGAAAAGGAAGAAUAAGGACCCUCUCUAUGCCAAGAUGGAGGAGCGCUUCUACCGCUACGGCAUCAAGCCCGAGUGGAUGAUGAUCCACCGCAUCCUGAACCACAGCUUCGACAAGAAGGGGGAUGUGCACUACCUGAUCAAGUGGAAAGACCUGCCCUAUGACCAGUGCACCUGGGAGAUCGACGACAUCGAUAUCCCCUACUAUGACAACCUGAAGCAGGCCUACUGGGGCCACAGGGAGCUGAUGCUGGGUGAGGAUGCUAGGCUGCCCAAGAGGCUGGUCAAGAAGGGCAAGAAGCUGAAGGAUGAUAAACAGGAGAAGCCACCAGACACACCCAUUGUGGAUCCCACGGUCAAGUUUGACAAGCAGCCUUGGUACAUUGACUCCACGGGAGGCACACUGCACCCAUACCAGCUGGAGGGCCUCAACUGGCUGCGCUUCUCCUGGGCCCAGGGCACAGACACCAUCCUGGCUGAUGAGAUGGGGCUGGGCAAGACUGUGCAGACCAUCGUCUUCCUCUACUCCCUGUACAAGGAGGGGCACUCCAAGGGGCCCUACCUGGUCAGCGCGCCCCUGUCCACCAUCAUCAACUGGGAGCGUGAGUUUGAGAUGUGGGCACCUGACUUCUAUGUGGUCACCUACACGGGGGACAAGGAGAGCCGCUCCGUGAUCCGGGAGAAUGAGUUUUCUUUUGAGGACAACGCCAUUCGGAGUGGGAAGAAGGUGUUCCGCAUGAAGAAAGAAGUGCAGAUCAAAUUUCAUGUCCUGCUCACCUCCUACGAGCUCAUCACCAUCGACCAGGCCAUUCUGGGCUCCAUCGAGUGGGCCUGCCUAGUGGUGGACGAGGCCCACCGGCUCAAGAACAACCAGUCCAAGUUCUUUAGGGUCUUGAACAGCUACAAGAUCGAUUAUAAGCUGCUGCUGACGGGGACCCCCCUUCAGAACAACCUAGAGGAGCUGUUCCAUCUCCUCAACUUCCUGACUCCAGAGAGGUUCAACAAUCUGGAGGGCUUCCUGGAGGAGUUUGCCGAUAUCUCCAAGGAAGACCAGAUCAAGAAGCUACACGACCUGCUGGGGCCACACAUGCUGAGGCGGCUCAAGGCUGAUGUAUUCAAGAACAUGCCGGCCAAGACCGAGCUGAUCGUUCGUGUGGAGCUGAGCCAGAUGCAGAAGAAGUACUACAAGUUCAUCCUCACGCGGAACUUCGAGGCACUCAACUCCAAGGGGGGUGGGAACCAGGUGUCGCUGCUCAACAUCAUGAUGGAUCUGAAGAAGUGUUGCAACCACCCCUACCUCUUCCCCGUGGCCGCCGUGGAGGCCCCUGUCUUGCCCAAUGGCUCCUAUGAUGGCAGCUCCCUGGUCAAGUCUUCAGGCAAGCUCAUGCUUCUGCAGAAGAUGCUCAAGAAGCUGAGGGACGAAGGGCACCGUGUGCUCAUCUUCUCCCAGAUGACCAAGAUGCUGGACCUUCUGGAGGACUUCCUGGAGUAUGAGGGCUACAAGUAUGAGCGGAUUGAUGGUGGCAUCACUGGGGGCCUCCGACAAGAGGCGAUCGACAGAUUCAAUGCCCCUGGGGCGCAGCAGUUCUGCUUCCUUCUCUCCACCCGGGCGGGGGGCCUGGGCAUCAACUUGGCCACAGCAGACACCGUCAUCAUCUACGACUCGGACUGGAAUCCACACAAUGACAUCCAGGCCUUCAGCCGUGCCCAUCGCAUCGGACAGAACAAGAAGGUGAUGAUCUACCGCUUCGUGACUCGGGCCUCGGUGGAGGAGCGCAUCACACAGGUGGCCAAGCGCAAGAUGAUGCUCACCCACCUGGUGGUACGGCCCGGCCUCGGCUCCAAGUCCGGCUCCAUGACCAAGCAGGAGCUGGAUGACAUCCUCAAGUUCGGCACAGAAGAGCUCUUCAAGGACGACGUGGAGGGCAUGAUGUCUCAGGGCCAGAGGCCGGUCACGCCCAUCCCUGAUGUCCAGUCCUCCAAAGGGGGAGCCCUGGCUGCCAGCGCCAAGAAGAAGCAUGGCAGCACCCCGCCAGGCGACAACAAGGACGUGGAGGACAGCAGUGUGAUCCACUAUGACGAUGCGGCCAUCUCCAAGCUGCUGGACCGAAACCAGGACGCCACGGACGACACGGAGCUGCAGAAUAUGAACGAGUACCUGAGCUCCUUCAAGGUGGCGCAGUACGUGGUGCGCGAGGAGGACGGCGUGGAGGAGGUGGAGAGGGAGAUCAUCAAGCAGGAGGAGAACGUGGACCCCGACUACUGGGAGAAGCUCCUGCGGCACCACUACGAGCAGCAGCAGGAGGACCUGGCCCGCAAUCUGGGCAAGGGCAAGCGCAUCCGCAAGCAGGUCAACUACAAUGACGCCUCCCAGGAGGACCAGGAGUGGCAGGACGAGCUCUCAGAUAACCAGUCCGAAUAUUCCAUUGGCUCCGAGGAUGAGGACGAGGACUUUGAGGAAAGGCCAGAAGGGCAGAGUGGACGGCGACAAUCCAGGAGGCAGCUGAAGAGCGACAGGGACAAGCCCCUGCCACCUCUUCUCGCCCGUGUGGGUGGCAAUAUCGAGGUGCUGGGCUUCAAUGCCCGCCAGCGGAAGGCCUUUCUGAACGCCAUCAUGCGCUGGGGCAUGCCCCCCCAGGAUGCCUUCAACUCUCACUGGCUGGUGCGGGAUCUUCGAGGGAAAAGCGAGAAGGAAUUUAGAGCCUAUGUGUCCCUCUUCAUGCGGCACCUGUGUGAGCCGGGCGCUGACGGCGCAGAGACCUUCGCAGACGGUGUGCCCCGUGAGGGCCUCUCGAGGCAGCACGUGCUCACCCGCAUCGGGGUCAUGUCACUAGUUAGGAAGAAGGUUCAGGAGUUUGAGCAUGUUAACGGGAAGUACAGCACCCCGGACUUGAUCCCCGAGGGGCCCGAGGGCAAGAAGCCAAGCGAGGUCAUCUCCUCGGACCCCAACACGCCAGUGCCUGCCAGCCCUGCCCACCUCCUGCCGACCCCACUGGGCCUGCCAGACAAAAUGGAAGCCCAGCUGGGUUACAUGGAUGAGAAGGAGCUGGGGGUUCAGAAGCCAAAGAAGCCCCCAGAAAUCCAGGCCCUGCCAGCUUCCCUGGACAGAGUGGAGGGCGAGGACAAGCAUGAGAGCUCAGAUGGCAAGGAGCGGCUGGAGGAGAUGGAGAAGGCCCCGCCAUCCCCAGAGCAGCUGCCGAAAGAAGAAGUGCUUCCUGAGAAGGAGAAAAUUCUGGACAAGCUGGAGCUAAGCUUGAUUCACAGCAGAGGGGAUGGCAGUGAUUUCAGGCCAGAUGACACCAAAGUGGAGGAGAAGGAGCCCCUUGAAACACAGCAAAAUGGUGACAAAGAGGAAGAUGAGGAGGGGAAGAAGGAGGACAAGAAUGGGAAGUUCAAAUUCAUGUUCAACAUUGCAGACGGGGGCUUCACAGAGCUGCACACACUGUGGCAGAAUGAGGAACGUGCUGCUGUGUCCUCGGGGAAAAUCUACGACAUCUGGCACCGGCGCCAUGACUACUGGCUGCUGGCCGGCAUCGUGACGCACGGCUACGCCCGCUGGCAGGACAUCCAGAAUGACCCGAGAUACAUGAUCCUCAACGAGCCCUUCAAGUCUGAGAUCCACAAGGGUAACUACUUGGAGAUGAAGAACAAGUUUCUGGCCCGCAGGUUCAAGCUGCUGGAACAGGCGCUGGUCAUCGAGGAGCAGCUCCGGAGGGCCGCGUACCUUAACAUGACCCAGGACCCCAACCACCCCGCCAUGGCCCUCAACGCCCGCUUGGCUGAGGUGGAGUGCCUUGCUGAGAGCCACCAGCACCUGUCCAAGGAGUCCCUUGCCGGGAACAAGCCGGCCAAUGCCGUCCUGCACAAGGUCCUGAACCAGCUGGAGGAGCUGCUGAGUGACAUGAAGGCGGAUGUGACGCGCCUGCCCUCCAUGCUGUCCCGCAUCCCCCCGGUGGCUGCCCGCCUCCAGAUGUCGGAGCGUAGCAUCCUGAGCCGCCUGACCAACCGAGCCGGUGACCCCACCAUCCAGCAGGGCGCUUUCGGCAACUCCCAGAUGUACAACAACAACUUUGGGCCCAACUUCCGGGGCCCUGGACCGGGAGGGAUUGUCAACUACAACCAGAUGCCCCUGGGGCCCUAUGUGACCGAUAUCUAGCUGUCCCCGCGAUUUCCCUCUGUUGCAGUGCUCAUUUCCAGCUGAG